CUGUUGGUGUUUUCUCUCGUAUAUUUUUCUGAGAAUGGAACCAGGAAUUGCAGAAGAAGAAUUCGAGCAUACUGAAAGCUUUAUUACGUUUUGUUGGUUGGAAAUACUUAAUAAUUAUUCUACUUGUACUCAUUCAGAUGACAGCGUUAGUUGCCGGCCAAGCAUACUUCGUAGGAUUAAUAAUAAAUUAUUUUGAAAACAGAGAGGAACGGAAUCAAUACAACGUCUAUGCUACAGUUGCGGGAUUUUUUAUCCUACUUGCGAUAUAUUUCUGUAUAUAUGAUAUUAAUGCGUUCAUAACUGAAUUAUAUGGAAUGAAGUUAAAGAUAGCUUUCUGCACUCUUAUAUAUAGAAAGGCAAUUAGGUUAAGUCCUUCGUCUCUGGAAAGAUCGAAUGUGGGACAAAUGGUAAAUCUUCUAGCAAACGACGUCGGCAAAUUCCAAAAUAAAGUUAUCUCCCUAUCACUUUUAUUUAUAUCGCCUUUUUUCAUCAUUACUUCGAUAGCCAUGUUGUGGAAAUAUUAUGGAUGGACUAUUAUAAUUGGAUUCCUAGUCAUAUUUCUCUAUUUUCCUAUACAAAUUGCUUUGAGUAAACUAUAUUCUAAAUUGAGAUUACAAGCAGCUGUAUUGGGAGACGAAAGAUUGAAUCUGUUGAAUGAAAUGAUUGCUGAUAUGAGGUUAAUCAAGAUGUACACCUGGGAAUUGCCAUACGCCGCAUUAAUAGAAAAAAUCAGAGCGAAAGAAAUGAAAAAGAUUCGAAAGUUUUUGUACGCAAGCGGAAUAUCGUAUAUAUUGUCGUAUCCUAUAUCGAAAUUAUUUACUCUUUUCGCAUAUCUCGCUUUCGUUUUAAAUGGAGGACAAUUAAAUGCCGAAAUUAUAUUCGUCACAAUGACUUUUUCAAUGUAUGUCUGCAGCAACAUUGUUAUUCUGUUUUCUCAAGCAGUGGGAUUUGUUGCAGAAAUUUUGGUUUCGUUAAAAAGGAUACAGGAUUUUCUCCUCCUUCAAGAAAGAGAGAACAAUGCACUGAAAACUGUAGGAGAAAGAGAAAAUUCAACCGAAUACGAGAUACGAAUGGAUAGUGUUACAGCUGCGUGGAAAAAUGUAAGACAUGGCUUCAAAUUUAAUAUAAGUUCUGCAAUAAAAAUAAUGUUUUUUACGAUUUGUUUAACUCGAUAAUUUUAAAAUAGAUUAAUUAACAAUAAUAACAAUACUCAUCAAUUAGAAGGAUAAUAUAUGGUUUUUGUCCUUAAUUAGUUAUAUUAUGCUUGUGCUUACUUCAGAUAUUCUGGUGAAUUAA